GGCCGUCAGCAUUGAAGCCUUUUUCGGUCGGUGCGCCCCUGCGUUUGGAGCCAUGGGUUGUACGGUGAGCGCCGAGGAUAAGGCUGCCGCGGAGAGGUCAAAGAUGAUCGACAAAAACCUCCGAGAGGACGGAGAGAAGGCAGCCAGAGAAGUGAAACUGCUUCUGUUAGGUGCUGGGGAAUCUGGGAAGAGCACCAUUGUAAAGCAGAUGAAGAUCAUCCAUGAAGAUGGCUACUCAGAAGAUGAGUGCAAGCAGUACCGAGCAGUGGUUUAUAGUAACACCAUCCAGUCGAUUAUGGCCAUUGUUAAAGCCAUGGCCAGUCUCAAGAUAGACUACAGCAGCCCUGGCAGAUUGGAUGAUGCCCAGCAGCUCUUCGCCCUGUCUGCAGCUGCUGAAGAACAGGGCAUCUUUCCCGAUGAUCUGUCCAAAGUGAUGAAGCGAUUGUGGGGUGACAGCGGCAUACAGAGUUGCUUUGCACGGUCGCGAGAAUACCAACUCAACGACUCUGCAGCAUAUUACCUGAAUGAUCUGGAGAGGAUAGCUAAAGCAGAUUACAUUCCUACCCAGCAAGAUGUGCUGCGAACUCGGGUCAAGACCACUGGCAUUGUGGAGACUCACUUCACUUUCAAGGAACUGCACUUCAAAAUGUUUGAUGUUGGAGGCCAACGCUCAGAGAGAAAGAAGUGGAUCCACUGUUUUGAGGGAGUUACAGCCAUCAUUUUUUGUGUUGCACUGAGUGCUUAUGACCUGGUGCUGGCUGAGGAUGAGGAGAUGAACCGAAUGCAUGAGAGCAUGAAGCUGUUUGACUCCAUCUGUAACAACAAGUGGUUCACUGAGACCUCCAUCAUCCUCUUCCUCAACAAGAAGGAUCUCUUUGAGGAGAAGAUUACUCGCAGCCCCCUUACCAUCUGCUAUCCAGAAUACACAGGAGCCAACAAGUUUGAUGAAGCAGCAAGUUACAUUCAGACCAAGUUUGAGGACCUGAACAAGAAAAAGGACACAAAGGAGAUCUACACCCACUUCACCUGUGCCACCGACACCAAGAACGUGCAGUUUGUCUUUGACGCCGUCACUGACGUCAUUAUUAAGAACAACCUAAAAGACUGCGGCCUUUUCUAAAGGGCAAUGCCUGAUGCACACAAACUGCAUGAGAGACUGCAACAGCCAUUGUGAUGAUUGCUGCUUUUCAUAAUGAAAACCAUAACAGACUUGAUUCCUAGAGGGGAAACCUUAAAGAACUUCAACAUUCACUGAUUUGCAACCAUCACAUUAACAGUUGUGUUCAUAUUUUUUUAUAUGUAUAAAUUUCUUAUUGGUCUUGGGGUUCUCAUACUAUUCUUACUGAGUGCCUGUAAAUAUAUAUUCGACCAAGGACCCCUAACUGGUUUUUAAAUUAAUUUGUAACCUAAAUAAGAUUAUCCAAGUGAAUGAUCAUUGAUCAUUGUUGAAAGAGUACAACUUAUCA